UAAAAUAAUUCAAUUUCUUUGUUGUUGGGAAAGUAGAGGAAAACAUGUCAAAAUUGUGCACUAUUUUUGUUGUGGCAUUUCUUCUUUGCUUCAAUACUCUCACAUUUGCUGUUCGUCCUGAUUCCUUUUCUGUGCCCAACCCUAAAUUUCAGGUUGCAAGUGAAGGAAAAGUUGAAAUUAAUGAAGCAAAAUGUGAAGGAGUGGGGGAAGAAGAGUGUUUGAAGAGGACACUGGCUGCUCAUCUUGAUUACAUUUAUACUCAAACUAUUAUUAACAAUUAAGAACUUUUUUUGUGUUUUAAUUUUCUACUCCCCUUUUAAUUAGUACUAAUUAAGUAAUUAACUAUGAAAGGGUUGUAAUGGCAGUCGGUAACAAUAAUAAUAAAAAGAAUAAAAAUA